UUAACUAGUUCAAGUAAGUUGACUCAUUUAACUGCCUGUGUUCAUGCGUCGGCUGCAUUGUUAUAUCCAAUGUACUGGCAACACAUUUACAUCCCAGUGCUUCCUCCACAUCUUCUGGACUACUGCUGUGCACCGAUGCCUUACCUUAUUGGCGUCCACUUAAGUCUAAUAGAGAGAGUAAAAAAUAGAUCACUGGAGGAUGUGGUUUUGCUAAAUGUUGACACAAACACUCUAGAAACCCCAUUUAAUGACCUGAACAACCUACCUGGUGAAGUGGUCUCGGCCUUGAAAAAUAAACUGAAAAAGCAGUCUACAGCUACGGGGGAUGGAGUAGCCAGGGCUUUCCUUCGGGCCCAGGCAGCACUGUUUGGAUCCUACAGAGAUGCACUAAGAUAUAAACCAGGGGAGCCUAUAACUUUCUGUGAGAAUAGUUUUGUGAAGCAUCGUUCCAGUACUACUAAGCAGUUCCUGGAAACUGCUGUUAAUCUUCAACUAUUCAAGCAGUUUAUUGAUGGUCGACUAUCAAAACUAAAUGCAGGAAGAGGAUUCUCUGAUGUUUUUGAAGAAGAAAUCACAGCAGGAGGUUUUUGUAGAGGAAAUUCAAGAUCUUAUCAGCAAUGGAUGCAUACAGUGAAGAAAGGCGGUGCACUGAUCAACACAGCAAUGACCAAAGCUACUCCAGCUGUGAAAACAGCAUAUAAAUUUGCAAAAAAUCAGGCAAAGCAAGGAAUAAAAGAAGUGAAGAGUAAGUUAAAACACAAGGAGAGUGAGGAAGAGUCUGGAACUUGCAGUGCUGGUGCAGCGCAGGCUGUUCCCGUCUAUACAACGCAUUAUGAGAAAAGAGCAAGCUCAGAAAAACGAAGACUGGCACAGACUCGUUUCAACCAGUGUCUCAGUCACCAGGAUUUUGCAGUGGAUGAAGAUGAUGAUGAUGAAAUGGAGAGAACAAGCAAGUUGUCAUCAGAAGACAGUGAAGAAGCUUCUGCUUGCUUUUAUGAUAGUGAUGAUUCUGGUGAAACUGGAAUAACUCCUCAGCAUCAAGGAGAAAUGGAUUUGCUUGGGGAAAUUUUGGACACGCUGAGCACACACAGUUCUGAUCAAGGAAAGCUCUCAGGAGCUAAGAGCCUGGAUUUCUUUAGGUCAAUGGAUGACAUUGAGUACAAGACGGCGAACAAGUCGAAUGCACCUAGUGAGAGCAACCUUACCCUGCUCUGCAGCAGUGCUGGUGAUCAGGCAGAGUGGAACCUCGGUCAGGAUGACAGUGUCCUCCAUGGGAAGCAGCUCCCUCCAUCGCCAAGGAAACAAGUUUCUUCUGGCGGCCAUAGAGGGUCUCUCUCAAGGCUGGAAGAAGAGAGUGGUGACAAAACCUGUAUUACUGGCAAGAUGGACACCACUAGUAUGACAUCCUCAUCUCCAGUACGAUCAAGUGCCCAGUUUACUUCUCUAGAAAGUUUGAAAGCAGACUAUUCUUCCUGUAAGCGUGCAAAGCAGAAUGAAACACUAAGCAAUACCUCAGAAGAUCAUCUCCCAGCAAGUCAUGGUCAACAUCCAUCCAUUUUGGUCCCUUGGGAAAAAGGUGGGAAGGAAGGAAAUGAAACUCCAGAAGAGGGUGGACUUCUUCAGGAAGUGGUGUCAUUAUGUAAACUGAGUUCUGCUUUUCAUUAUGGUUUAAGUAUUUCAAAGGAUAGCUUAUCCAGCAGUAGCAGUGGAAAUAAAAUGUAA